UUUUGAAAAACUGGGCCCUGAAUUAUAAAGAUGUAUUGACAGAUGUGUAUUAAAAGCCAAACAGGAAACAGUCCUUAUUAUUAGUGUCCUGUAAUUUGUAUACACCUAUAUAUAGGCCUGUGAGGUAAGAUUUUGUCAGUUUUCUGUUGGUUUUCCGGUGGAUAGUUGUAGAAGGAGCACAGAGUCUGAGGUUGACUGUACUUUGAAGUUUAAUCUAAUUGACAAGGAACUAAUUAUAAUUACGGGUAACCCAUUUCAAGAGAAAACCAACAUUUCUGAAAGCAAGUCAAGAUACUGCUAAUUUACAUUCAUCAUGGCAUCCUGGGAAGGUGACUUCUAUGCAAUGCAAUUUGCUAUUGUGGAAGACAAAGAAGGAUAUGCCGAGAUCAAGAUAGAGAAAAAAGAACUAGGGGACUUAAAGAAAUUGGACUUCAAUGUCACUUUUGAUGAUUCAACAAGAGAGUUGCGGGUUCGGACAAGGAAGGAUGGUGAAUUGCACGGUUUUAAUUACCAAGUCAAAGGACCGAUCAAAACCACUAGUCUGUCUGGAGGAUUCAAGAAAGAGAAGAGCAAAGUAAUCCUGAGAAUUGAGAAAAAAGAAAAAUUUAAUUUCUGAGCAUUCCAUAUCAUCAUUCCAGUGGAAAUACUGCUUUCAAUGUCAACAAGGAGCUAAAGCUGUCACUACCUUCAUUUUGAGAUUAUUUCAUUUAAUCAGCUUCCCUGGUUUGAUUAAAGUAGAAUGAAAUUGAAUUCAUGUAUCUAUGAACAGAUUGUUAUGUGAUACAUUAACUGUCAUCACAAAAUCUUAAAAUGUUACACAUGAGACAUGAUCACAAGACAAUAAUGCCAGGAGUACUUUGUAUUAUUUUUUUUGUAUUAGAUUAAUUGAGCUGAUGUCAUGUCAAAUCGUCUUUAGCAGUUACUUCUCGUCCUGAAUGUCUUAAUACAUUUUGAUCAAAUGUGGUGUGGAACAUCAUUUGACCCUGGAAAACCAUGUUAUAUAUAUGACAGAUGUGGCUCCUCUGGGUCCACAGGAUGGACCCAAUUGGGAACCAAGUAAUGUCCUUACUUAAACCCUGAACAACUAAAGUAUUUUUGAUUAAAUUUGACCUGAAGCAUCACUUGGUAAAAUAAAUCAGAUAUUGUAUAAUUGGAGGAUGUGGUUCCUCCGGGACGAGAAGAGUUGGACCCUGCAAUAGGCAAAUAAUGGUAAUUUGUAACUCCUUUAUAUCACUACUUAUUCUGAAUGACAGAAUGGAUUUUGAUCAUUUUGCAAUGGAGAUUAGCUGUUGUACAGUAUGUAUGGAGGGUGGAACUCCCCUUGAACUUGAGGAGGGGUCCAAUUGGAGCAAUAAUAAUCAAAUUUUUAAAAUUACUUCUAGUCCUGAAGAUAGAAUAGAUUAAUUUUGAUGAAAUAUUUUGCAGCAUUAUCAGGUAAGGAAAUGAAGGUUUUAUAUCACAUGAUGUGAUUUCCCUAGGGCCUAAAGGAUUCAGGCCCAAUUGCAAAAGAAGAAGAUAAUUUAAAUCAUGUAUAAUCAUUAUUCUGCAGGGAAAGAUAUAAUUUUUUCAAAAUUUUGAUCUUGAGCAUCCUUUGAUUAAUGGAACUUAUUGAUGCUGGUCACAGUUCCAACCUCCAUCUUGGCCAUUUGUUCAAAAUGUACUCUUUCUAUGAUGCAAGCAUCAAGAUGAAAGAGUUGUUCCGCUUGUUUUUUUUCUGAAACAUGCAUUUUUCAAAUCUUUUUCUUUUUCUGAGAGUAUGUUUUUUUGGAACAUACAUCUGGAUGACAACAUUAGUUAUUAGAUGGUUAUUAAAAAGGUUGCUGAAAGAAAUUAUUUGUUGUACACUAUACCUGGUUGGUUUUCGUAUUUGAUAGAAUUUAUAAUAUUACAUUAGAUAUUUUAAUGCUGGUAGAUGAUACAAAUAAAACUUCAUCUUAAG